AUGGUUGAGCGGUGGAGGCCGGAGACACAUACCUUCGAUCUACGCACUGGUGAGGUCACGAUCAUACUUCAGGAUGUGGAGGUCUUGUUUGGAUUGCGGGUAGAUGGAGAGCCAGUAUACAGUCGGUACGAGCCUCCUCCUAGUAGGACAUGGGUUUCGGAGUUGACUAGGCUCACCCACUUCAUGCCUGGUGCCGCGACCCAUAUCUGGGGACAGAGUCGAGUGCAGAUUAGUGCACUCUGCACUUAUUUGCUCGCAGAGCCUCCUAUUGACGACGGCACUCCUCAGGAUGUUAUUGAUCGUCAUACCCGUUUGUAUCUGCUCAUUAUAUUCGGGGGCAUCUUGUUCCCGAACACAUCGGGUGCCUAUGUCAGCUUACGAUAUUUGAUCUUCUUGGAGCAUCUGGACCGCUUGGGAGACUACAGCUGGGGCGGUGCUGUUUUGGCGUACCGCUACCGAUGCCUAUGCCGAGAGUCUAUUGGUCAUAUCAGCGAUGUGUGUGGAUUUUUUGCUCUUCUCCAGAUUCUUUUACAAUUUGAUAUGUUGAGUCAUCCUGGCAUUGUGGACCAUGUAACUUUUGUUUGA